AUGCCGGAUCCGCCCGGCGCCGAUGCGCCCCCGCCCGAGGACCUAUUGGGUGGUAAUGGCGCGAGUGAUUCAUCACUCAACACGCAAACGCGUGAAGCGGUCACUGGAGGAACCGCGAAUCCUCCAGCUUGGUCGCCCGAGGCAACUCAGGUCCGGUUGGACCAUGAGAAGCUGAUGAAGAAGACCUUCCAAGUGCUCGGGAUUGUUCCCUCCAGCAAGUCGACCCGCCGACUGAUGGUCCUGAUGCACGACGCCUCGACCCCGCCUUCGCAGGCGCCAGCGCUCGCACGAGCCGCCCAAAGAGUGGUGCGAAACGACGCAGCCCCGGCCUCCAAUGUGAUUCGAGUCAUUAUGGAUGGUCCUGGAUCACCCAGAGGUCCUGUACAGACCGCGCUGCGCAAGCACUUUGUAUGA